CAUCUCUCAUUAAAACACACACACAAAAAUGGAACAAGAAAUAAUUAACCAAAAAACAUCGGUGGCCCUUAUUGUAGGGGUCACAGGAAUGGUGGGUGUGGCCUUAGCCGAAGCCUUAAAGAAGGCAACCGCACUCGGGGGUCCUUGGACCGUCUACGGUGUCUCACGACGAACGUUACCCCCUUGGUUCCCAUCCUCCUUGCUAGACAAAUACAUCAUGUUAGACACUUUAAACAAAGAAAACACUAACAAAAUUUUAUCACCACUCUCCACCCAAAUCACACAUGUUUUUUGGUUGGCCUUAAGUUUUCACGAAAGUGAAGAAAUAAACGUUUCUUUUAACUCGACUAUGCUUUCGAAUGUCCUUAAUGCAUUAACUUCAACUCCGAACUCAAAACUUUGUCAUGUGACAUUGCAAACCGGUACAAAACAAUAUAUGGGGCCGAUUAAUGACUCGGCUCUUUCAUCUCAACUCGUCCCACAUGAUGCACCUUUUAAAGAGGAAUAUCCUAGACUACCAUUUCCGAAUUUUUACUAUGCUUUGGAAGAUAUUGUAACUUCCUAUCAACAAUCUUUCACGUGUUCUAUACACCGCGCUUCUAUAAUCAUUGGCGCAUCAUCGAGAAGCUACUUUAACACUCUUCUUUCGCUAUCAAUCUAUGCUUUGGUUUGCAAACGUGAAAAGUAUCCUUUCAGGUAUGUUGGUAACAAGUAUAGUUGGGAGCACUUUUGGGAUUUGUCGGAUGCUACAUUGCUGGCUGAACAACAAAUAUGGGCAUCGGUGACGAACAAGGCCAAGAAUCAAGCUUUCAAUUGCACAAACGGCGAUGUAUUUACGUGGAAAACUCUAUGGAAGGUGCUUUGUAAUGUGUUUGAUGUUGAGUUUGUGCCAUUCGACGAGAAAGAGAAGUUUGAUCUUGUGGAUUUCAUGAAGAAUAAAGGGGAUGUUUGGGAUGCAAUUGUAGAAGAAAAUGGACUUUACAAGACAAAAAUGGAGGAGGUUACUUGUUUCGGCGCACUUGCUUUUACUUUAAAACUCAAAAUACAACAUGUUUGUAGCAUGAAUAAGAGUCGAGAAUUUGGAUUUUAUGGGUAUGCAAAUACACUUGCGAGUAUAGAGCCAUGGGUUGAGAGAUUGAGACAGAUGAAAAUAAUCCCAAAAUGAUUGUAUAACUCAUAUGUUUAAGCGUGAGUCCUGAUGUAUGUCACUACUACUAGAGAUUUUAAAAUCUUUUACUCGAUCGUAAUUUCCAUCAUUCUAAA